AUGGAAACAAAAUCGGAAAAAAACAGUAAUAUUUAUCAUACAUCAUUGACCGACUUAAUUCAGUCAACACGUUGGCCUGAAAUAAGUACAUAUAACGAGCAUCGUAAUAUUCAUCCUGGAUCUCAACAGACACACAUUUCUCAUCAUCAUCAACAACAACAACAAUCGAUUCAUCAUGAUAAUCAAACGAAUAAAGAUUAUUUUAUUACAUUAAAUGAUAUCAAUCAAGUUCUUCAUAACCAAGCAGUAACAACUACCAGUUAUUCAGUUGUUACGGGUGCUCCUCCAUCUAUCACACGACCAUUAAAUACACAGCAAGACUAUGGAACAAAUCAUGGAGGGAUUAUAACUCAAACACCGAAUAUCCCACAUGAUCAAGGCAAGUCCUCUGAGAAUUUUAGUAAACUAAGGGUCAGGAAUGAGACAAAAUUGAAAACUCUUGGAACACUAGCAGCACUGUUUAAUACUUCUGCAGCUGCAAAUAUCGUUCUAACAAACACUAUUAAACAACCGACAUUUGUCUCUCUACAACAACAACAACCAGUUCAGUCGAAUAAUCAGCAUACAUCUAAUAUAAAUAAUGAUUCUCAAAUGUUAUUACAACAUUUACAAAAUCAACAAGUUAUGGUUCAACAACAACCCCUUAAUCAACAAAAUGGUACAACCACAAAUGUUCCUCGUGAUGGUAUAAAUACGAUAGACGACUUGAUUCAUGCUAUUGAAAAUGGACACAAAUUUUUGGUUCGAUUUGGUCCGCAUGAUGUCAAUUCACAAGACAUUCUUCAAUUGAUGCAUAGUUUUAAAAAAAGACCAAGAAUUUUCACCGGUCAUCUAACAACUCUAAUAUUCGGCGAUUUAAGUUAUAAAAUAGCGCAACCGUUACCCGAAGGCCAUCGUUUAUCAUCUUAUGACAUCUUAAAUCAAGAAGCUGUUGAAGCCCUAUGUUCACUGGUUUUAACAUUGUAUCGAAGCGAAAAUCUGAGACGACAACAAAUACGUACAUGGAUUCGACGUAAAUGUAGUGAUAGUCGUGUGAAAGCUGGCACUCAAGUUGGUGGCUCAAAUAAUAACCUUGUGUUACAAAUUCAACGACAAACAUCUAUUGCAGAACAACAGCAAAAACAACAAGAAUUAUUAAAAGAACAAUUACAUUUUGGCAAUUCACAACAACAUCAGUUGUUAUUAAAUACAGAUGAUGAAAAUGAAGAAGAAGAUGAUGAGCCAAUGAUUAUUAAUAAUGAUCUCACAAGAACAACCUCUAUGAUUUCAAUCGACGAGCAACAACAACAGACAUCGCGUAUAAUUGAUGUAAAUGAACAAUUGCAUAAAUUCUUCCUCUUAUAUGACAAUAAUACCAAAAACGUAUCAUUUGGUCCUUAUAAUGUUGUUCUCGGUCAUAUUGUACAAUUGUUGAAAAGAUAUGCACCCUCGCAACCAAGGGUAUUAACUUAUAAAUUAUCACAAUUAAUAUUUGGAUGGGAUCUCGCAGAUAAAACGCCUCCUUUUACCACAACAAGACGUGAAGCUAGUAGUAAAUUAGACAAUAAAGCUUUUGAUACAUUGGCAAGACUAAUAACGACAAUGUGCCCAAAUUCAUCAUUAACACAUCCAAAAAUUGCACGUUGGGUAAAUGAAAGAGGUAGAAAAUUAAUUUAUUAUAGAAAAAAGCACAAAGCAUUGGGUGUCGAUGUGAACUUACCUGAUUUGGCUAUUAACACUAAAACAUCAAAACUGACAACAGUUAUCCCAGAUGAUAAAUUACAGAUGACUCAUUCUGAUAAGCAACAACAGAGACUCAUACCGUCAGACGAUGGCCAAAUCAAAAACUUACUAAGUCCAAUUAAUUCUCCAAUGACCACAUAUUCACCAUUAUACUCACCAUCACCACUAACGCAGACAAAGAAGAGAACUAGUACAACGAAACAAACAAAUAAACAACAGGAAAAUCAACAACAACAAAAUUUGAGUGAUAUCCCGACAAAAUUAAGACGAUCAUCUGAAUCACAUAACGAAAACAAUAGUCAUUCUCCGCAUAUACAAUCACAACAAUAUCUGCCUAAGCCACGAUCAUCUAUCACAAUCGAUCAUGAAGAAGAUGAUCAAGAUAGUAUGAUGAAAGAAUUGAUUGACGCUAUCAAAAGUGGUCAACGAUUUCAAGUUUGGUUUGGCUCUCAUAAUCUUGAUUCAACACAAAUUUUGUCUGUUAUUGAAAAACGUAGUCGUUUAAGUGCACGUGAGGCAACACACAGUCUCAUGGCACUUCUGUUUAGCGAUAUACAAAUGAGUCUGAUGAAAGCAAGGGAAGCAGCCGCAAAUUUAUCAGCAACAUCCAACACCAUAAAACCGUCCCUUCAAGUUACAGCAAAUCCAAAGGAACUACUUAAUGAAGCGGCUAUUUUGCAAAUUUCGAAGUUGAUUCGUUUUGUUUAUGAAAAACAACAUAUUCCACUCAGUCGUAUUGUAUCCUGGGUACAUGCAUUUAAUCGAAAUGGUAAACGUCGUCCACCCAAAACUGAUUCAACUAGUAAAUCUUCUCAAUAUCAUAUCGAUGCAGUUGUUGAAAAUGAUCAGCAAGAACAAAUACGAGGUCUUUCGAUACCACUUACAACAACAGUAAUUGAUACAACAAAUGAAAUAAUCACCGCAGAUUUAUCUCCUCAUCAGUAUUAUCACGAAUCAUCUCUACCAGUAUCAUCGACAGCUUACAAUUAUCCUAAACAAACAUGGAAUCAAUUUUUCCAUUCAGUAGAUCAUGAUACUGAUGUUCAUUUUGGUCCAUUUAAAAUUUCAUCAGAACAUCUGCGAAAGAUAAUAAAUGAUCAUAAACAGACAAUGCCAGUUGCCAACGAAUCUGAUAAUGGAAUGUGUGAUUUUAUUGCCAAAUUAGGUUUAUUAGUAUUUGGAGAACCGAAUGAUUCCAUGGAUAAAACAAAUUGGUAUUAUAAACCAGUAUCAUCCACGACAUUAAAUACGGAUGUAUGCCGCUUAAUUUUACAACUUGUUCGACGUUAUUAUAAGCACGAUAAACGUAUAGACUAUCUACGGCCAAACCAUAUAUUAUUAUGUAUGAAAAAGUACAUUCAUGAUCCGAAUAUUUUCCAACAAGAAACAACACCAGAUUAUAAAUUUCUGUUUUCUAAAUGCACAACAGACAAAAAUACUGUAAGUAUUAAGAAAUCGGGUGAUAAACAACAAGAAAAACUUAUAGCGCCGUCAAAUGAGAGUACAAUGAGUUCUAAUAGUGAUCUAGUUAUCAAUCAACAAUCUGAUACAUUCAUAGAUUUUGGCUCGACAAAAAUUAAUUGCAAUGUUUUACGUCCAUACUUAAAUAGUCAAAAUCCAAAAGAAUUAGUUCAUCAUUUAAUUGAUCUUAUAUCAGAAUGUACCAAUGGAAAUAUUGAUCAAGACAUUAUCGAAUCCGUAUAUAAAUUUAUUUCUGCAUAUUAUAAAAAAAUAUUAGAGCAAAAAUGUAAACCAACAAAUCUUAUAACAAUUAGCGAUUAUUUGAAUUGGAUUCAUGAAAAAUGUCCAUUAUUAGAGUAUAAUUCUUCAUUGGAAUCAUUACUAUUAACAACAGAUUUAAAUAUUACGUUGCCAUCUAGUUUAUUUGUAUACGAACAACAAAAUGAACAUAAACAUCCUAAUUUACAAGAGUCUUCUAAUGUAUUUACCGAUUUUGUUCAUUCAUCUUUAAUUGAUAAUCAAUCGCAUCAUUCAGAACAAGAGGAUUAUAAUGAUUUAUUUUUAUUUUCAAUACAUAAUAAUGUUGAUUCGUCUGAUUGUUGUAUAAGUCUAUCGAAACCAUCCGAAUUAUCAAUAAAUACAACAGAUUUUCGUUUUAUUGAUGCUUGGCAAAUAGGAAAUGUUGACGAUUUAGACCAUUCAUUUAUUGAAGAUCCUGAAAUAAAAAUACGUUUUAUGAAUAUAACAUUUAUUGAUUGUUUUUCACUUUUGAGAAUAAUGAAAAUAUCUGCUGUAAAAUAUCCCCAAUUGGCUGUAAAAAAAUUAACAUCAUUGAUCUUUCAUCAAAAUCACGUUGAUGUAACUAAUGAUGAAUAUAAAGAAUGUUUUGAAUUUAUUAUACGUUUAGUACAAUCAAUUAAUUCAGUUUCAAAACGAGAUAUAUCGGUGAAUACGAUUAUGAACUGGAUGACUCAAACAUUGCAGGAUAUUUCAGCAUCAUCACAAACGAUUAAUAACAACAUUGAUUAUGAUCAAUUCUUUUCAGAAGCAUACCAUUGUCUUUGUGGCGAAAAAUUAAGAUGUCCAUUACAAUGUAAUGAAAGUCAAUUUUUACAUGAAAAAGAAAAUUGUUCACAACAAUCAGUAACUAAAGAAACAAUAAAUGAACAACCAACUUUAGAAGAAAUUCGACCAUCAAGCACCGAGGAUCUGUUGUUAGUACCUGUCACAUCGUGUAUUACUGAGACAUCUACAAUUAUAAAUCAUUCAUGUCCGUCGUUGGAACAAUUUUUUGACGAAACUAGUGAGCAUGCUACGAAUAACAACGAGUAUAACAGCAAUUCAAACGGUAUACUGAUGAUGUUAAUGAAUGACAUACCAAAUAAUGAUUAUCAGAUUCAUUCUCACCAAGAGACAACAGAAGAUGAUGGUUACGGGUAA